AUGAGAUCAUUAGCGAAUGGAAAGUUUGGCGCAUUUAUCAUUAGAUCAGUUGAAGAAGGUGGAAGAACGUGUGCGAAUGGUCUUCCGUUAGUUCCACCCAACGUGCGGAUGCUUGGAAGGUGAGUAUUUGUAUAUUUGAGAGUAGAAACAGUAAAGAUUCCGAGAAUUUCAGAUUCCAACAUAUGAAAGCAUUGCGACACGAGAAUUUGUGCCAAUAUUUGGAUCUUUUUCGAUGCUCUUUAGGUGUGUUUUUCAAAGGGGAAUAUUCAAGAAUUUUAUGUAAAAAAAAUUUAGAUUGAUUCGAAAAUUUAUGUCAAUUCUUACUUUUCCUCCACUCACGAGUAUUAAAACAUUUUUUUUCCAGCAAAAAACUUGGUUAUCAUUGUAUCUGAACAUCAUUUAUCAAACUUGCAACAACUUUGUAAAAAUACAAAUCUCACGUGAGUAUCCUCCCCCACUUUCCUCUUUUUCUUAACAACUUUCUCAUUUUUCUUUUUCAGAUCUUUGGAAGUUAUUGAUUUAUCUUUACAAAUAGCAAAAGGUUUGGAAUAUCUUCAUGAACAAGGAUAUGUUCACGGCAAUUUGGAUAUCUCAAAUAUUGAAGUUUUUCAAAUAAAACCUAUCAAAAUUCGUUUGGCAAGCUAUGCCUUAUCGUAAGUUAGAAAUCAAACAUAUCUUAUCAAUUCAAUUGGUUAUCAAAAAUCUUUCAGAUAUUUGACAGAUUUCGGUGAAGAUUCCGAAUCACUUAUUAUCAAUUCGCCAUAUUGUUCAGCUCCAGAAAUUUUAUUGAGUGGUUCAUGCUCGGAAAAAUCAGAUGUUUGGUCAUUUGGUAUGGUUGUUCAACAAAUGUAUACAAAAACAUUGUUUAGUGAUUAUUGGUCUGGUCCACAAUUUAUUUCGAUUAUCGAGAAAUGCUGUAAAACGAUAGGUUUUUUCUGGUCAUAAAAUAAUGUCAUCAAAAUUGUUUUUUUAUAGAGAAUGCUAAUCAGUGUUUGUUCAAUACACUUCAAAAAACAACUGAUUAUGAGAAAAAUGAUACGGUAUAAUUUUUUUGUUUGUUUUUUUUUUUAGAAAAAAAAACUUCAUAAUUUCCAGCUCGAAAAAAUUAUCAUGAAUUGUAUCAAUGCGCUUCCAUCAAAGAGACCAACAAUCACAGAAAUAUUGAAAGAUCUGAACCUGAAUGAUUCUGAAAUUGAAGAUUUUGAAUAUGUAGAUAUAAAUGCGUUGCGAGAAGAGAUUCAGGAGAGAAUGAACACGGAAAAAUGUUUUAUUUUAUCGGAAAUGCCAAUUGAAGACGCGUUUUUUCUUUGGAAAAUGAGUGGAGCAAGUUGUGAAAGUAUUAUGAUUCGAAAAGGUGUUAUACAACUUCGAGCACCGGUUUCAACUGUUCCAAGGUACCACUUUUCAGGGGAGGACUAAGGUUUUUGAUAUGGGAAAUGAAAUGCAAAGUUGGAUUUGUGUAUUCCAAAACGUCAGAUUUUGAAAAAUAAUUAUCACGGAAAAUAUUUUUUAUUUUCAGCUCGGUGAUCGAAGAUUUUGUGUUUUUCGGAAACGAGGAAAGUCGUCAAUUUCAGUUUGACGAUUGUCUUGUUAUUCUGCCAGACGACAAACUUCUAGAGAAAAUAUCAAGUUUGAAAAUAACCGAUGUCAUAAGACCAAUAUAUUUUGCCAGAAUCACUGAUUCAACAGAAGAUAUAAUUAUUGACAGAAAAACAUCUUCGCUAACUGUUGUUAUCAAGGAAAAAGAUGUGAAGUAUCAGGUAAAAAUGAUUAUUUUUUGCAAUCUCAUACAUUUAUUCUUCAGGCGCAGAGAAUGUCAAUUUUGAGGCAUUUAGUGGAUUGCAUACAAUUUGACGGAAUGGAAGAGUUAUUGCGAAAAGAGGCGUUUGUAGAUAUUCCACCAGUUUUGAGAUCAAGAGUUUGGAGAUCUUUGCUUCAUGUGGAGGAUGAAGAUUGUUUGGAUUUUUAUAAUUUGGAUACUCUUGCACCACAUACUAGUGAUCGACAGCUUGAUGUUGAUAUUCCAAGAUGUCAUCAGGUAGAUGCUGAAGGAUUUUCAGAAAAAGUUUUCUAAAGAUGUAGAACACGUUUUCUUCUGAAAAAAAAUCGAUAGGAAAAGAUCUUUAUAGAAAAUUUUAAAUUUCUCGCAUUUAAAUCAACAAACAUUUUCCAGUACGAAGAUAUGAUGACAUCACCAGCAGCCCAUUCUAGUUUACGACGAAUUCUAAAAGCUUGGCUGUUAUCAAACACAAAUUAUGUUUAUUGGCAAGGAUGUGACAGUUUAGCUGCCCCAUUUCUUCUACUUAACUUCAAUGAUCCUCGUGAGUUUUUUUUCUAGAUAUUUGAAUAUUAGAUUCUCAAAAAAUUUCAGAGAUUGCUCUUCCGUGCCUAAACGAGUUUAUCAAUCGAUAUCUUUUCAAUUUUUUCUUACGCGAUAACUCUGCUAUCAUUCAAGGUAUGAUUUGAUCAAAUAAAUUGUCUUUCUAAUAUCAUUUUUUUUCUCACCCACCCUACAAUUCGUUUUCAUUUUCAGAAUAUCUUGCCGUUUUCAAUCACUUACUUGCAUAUGUCGAUGCCCAAUUAUAUACACAUUUAGCAGAUCUCGGGUUUUUCCCGGAAUUGUAUGCGAUUCCGUGGUUUUUGACAUGUUUUGCGCACGUUUUACCAAUGCAUAAAUUGUAUCACGUUUGGGAUUAUGUUCUACUUCAUGAUACAUCAUUUCCACUGAUGGUUGGAUUGGCUGUGAUGAAACAGUUGAGACCAAGAUUGAUUGAUUCGUCGUUCAAUGAUGCUAUUUUAUUGUUUAGUGAUCUACCAGGUAACAUUUUUUCAUUCAAAGCAUUGUUCAGAACUUGUGUAGAUUACUGGUUAAAGACCUCCCCAUUUCCAAAAAAAGUAUCAUUCAUAAAAAACUUUAAACUGGUCUUGAGAAUUUUUUAGUAUUAUCUUAUGACGAUUUAUUAUCACUAUUACCAAUACUCAAGAUUUGUUUUUUUUUAAACUUAUCAAAACAUAUGUUGAAGUCGUGUUUCAAAUGAAACAAAUCUGGAAUCUAUGAAAGUGUUCAAAACCAUAACUAUUUUUACGUCAAUUUUUUCAAGUAACAACUGAAUUCUUACAGAAAUCAGACCAAUUGAUCUAGGGAAAAAAUCUAGUUAGGAAUGUAACUCUGUAAGAAAAAUGUUCAGUCUCAAUUUUUAAAGCCCCCUUUUCACAGCCUCAAAAUUUUGCUUUUUCAAAACAGACAAUCAGCAAUAGAUUAUUUCAGACAGUUUUUUUAUUCAAACUUUUUUUCUUUAAAUUCUGAUAAGAUUAUUUAGCUUCUCAUAAGAGACAAAGAGAAAAUUGUAGUCUGAAAAACCCCUGAUAAAAAUUCGAACGUUUUUUUUUCUAAAAAAAAUUGUUUGAACAAAUAUGUAUAUGUAAAUAAAAAAUGGAAAAAGGAAAAGUACAACAUUUUCAGAUUUACCAAUCGAUAAACUCAUCGAAAAUGCUGUGUAUUAUUACAAAACCAUUCCACCAAGUUGCACUUUUCGAGUUCACGAUAGUCCAUGGAAAGGUAACAUUUUUUUAUUAAUUUUUCAAAUAAAUAUUAAAUAUUUUUCCAGCCACAUAUUCCGACGCGCCUUAUAAUUUGAAUCGAGAAAUCUCCCCAUUCACCGUUGCUGAACUCAAAGAGCUCAAUUGUCCCAGAAUGUCAAAAGAUGAGUUCUGUUGGCGUGUACACCAGCAAAGUAUUGUUGUUAUUGAUAUCAGGUCAAGCAUGGAGUAAGAUCUUUUUCCUUUUUUUAGAGUAAUAGCAAUAAUAAUUAAAAUGGGGAGAUAAUAUAUAUGUGAACAAAGAGAAUUGUACUUUUAUCAUUGAUGAGCAAAAAUGACAACAUGUGGAGGGUACUUAGGUCAAAGUUUUGUGUGCGUGUUUUUUUUUUUGUUUUGCCAUACCGCACAAAAAUGUGUAUAACCAACAAAAUAUGAUGAUAAGAAACAUCGGAGGAAAAAUCUUUUUUGAAAAAAAAACACAAGGAAAUAUUUUUUAUUUAUUUUGAAACAAACUGAAACUUUUUGGAAGAUCAAAUCAACGUGUAAACAAAGUACAAAAGACUAACGAUCUGAGAAAACAAUUUCAUAGUUGAUUCUAGUUAUUUCUAGAACUUUAUAUAAGUUUCCAAAUCUGAAAAUGUUAUUUAUCAUUUCAUUUUGCCACUUUUUUGUUUACAAAAUUGUUCCAUAUUCUUGGAAAAACUUAAAAAAAAGAUUCAAGAUUUCUUUGUAACUAUAAAAUUCCUAUUCAGCUUCAACCGUGGAUGCGUUAUUCGAUCGAUACAUUACGGAAACAUUGAAGAUGACACAUUUAAAAAUGUAAUGAACGCUUUCAAAAUUGCACAAGAAAACUGCCAUCCAAUUUGUGUGGUUUGGGGAAAAGACUUUGCGGCCGCUGUAAGGGUGAGACACUUUUUGUUGUAAACGAUGUUUCUCGAAGAAUAACAUUUCAUUUUUAGUUCUCCGGAAAACUCGUGUUCAAAUCAAUCAACGGGGUUUGUAUUCUCGACGGUGGUUUUGAAAAUAUUCGAGAUGAUCGAUCUCUCAUCACUAUUGGGCAUUUUAAAAUUAUCGAGUUAUAA